AUGGUAUGGCCGCCGACUCCAACCUCGACUUCCUCUUCGACUCAGACGCCUCUCGCCUCUCUCUUGCCCCUCCAGUUCUUUCCUUCGUCGCCAGGAUGUUCACCAACAUCUCGCCAAUUCGACGUCUGUUCCCAGGCCUCUCUCGGCUUUGGCAUCUCGGGGGGAGGCAGUAGCCCAAGCAGAUCGGGGGCGCAGCGCUCAGUCGCUUCACAUGCUCCCAGAGGCCUGUCUCUGCCUUCCUCUUCUGGCGUUGUCGCUGCAGGGGUGGGCUCUUCUGCGGUGUCCACUCCUGCGUCGCCCCGGUUCUUUCCGUUCACACAGACAGCCAGUCCCUCUGCGGCGCUUCUGUCGAAAGUGCUGGUCGGCUCCGGCUCUCCUACCCGUGCGGGCGGACGAGUGACGCCGUCGACGCCUCUCCACCUUACCGCGUCCCCGACCGGCGAUCCGUUCGCUCUCUUUGCGACGACUUCCACAUCCUCGGAUUCUGCAGAGGCCGGCGGGCCCUUUUCCAGUGCCACGGGAAAUGGUGAGGCCUCGGGAACUGUCACCCCCACACUGCUUCUCCCGCUCUCCCGCCGAAGCUACCAACCGGCACUGCUCUUCGGCACCUCGGUCUCUGCAUCGACGCUUUCACCCAGGGUGGGCGAACGGCGAACGGCCAUGGAGAAAGGCGAAUCGUGCGCAGAUUCAACUCCCGUGGGGGGAGCCGUGGGUGCGUCAUUAAGUCAGUGCGCUCUAGACUUCAGUCCCCGCCUCCUUAACACGCCCCGCUCCGGCCGGGGCUUGUCGCGAUCCUACACAGUGGACGUAGGCCCCGCGGCCUCUCUCCUUGCUGGCGGGAGCAGUCACCCAGCCCUCCUCGUGCAGCAGCAAAAUGCGCUGCAUGCACUGGCGAAGGGCGAGGCCACGCUUUUGCCCAACGCCGCGUCUUCCGGUUCGGCUGGGCACGCAGGCGCGAAGGAACCCGCAGAGAGCGACGCGGGCGCCACGACUCCCGCGGAGACAACACCGCCUGAACCGUUCCCUUCAGAAAAUGACAACUGCCUGCAGAAAGCAGGUAUCGCCUCACCUCGUUUCCACGGACUAGGAGAGACUGGCGCCGUAGGAACGGAUUCGGCGGGUCACCUCCCCCUUCCCACGGCCCUGACUCGAACCUUGAGUGGAGCCCGCAGCGUGUCUUCGCCUGCGUCGCGACAGACCCCUGCCACAUCCCGGGCGAUGGACAGUCGCACACCUUCAGGUGCGAGUCUGCGCCGGGUGCCUCCGUCGCUGCUCGAUCCUUCCUUUCUCUUCCACCCUGCGCAGGGGAUGGGCGGCAGCGGCUUCCGCACUGCGUAUCUGUUCGACGACGCAUCGGCCUUCGCGGCAGGAGGGAACGGGUCAGGCUGCGCGUCUCUGGGGACUGGUGCAGCGGGGCCGGGGGGGAAUGGUUUGGGCGCAACGAGCGACUCGACCGGCGGCCCGAGUGCCUCUUUCGAUUCCUUCGGGGGGAGCCCGUUUCCCCCCCCGUGCUUCUCGCCCCCUUCCGUCUUUGGUGUCGUCACGGCGAAUGCGCCUUUCUAUUGGCCGUCCGGAUCGUCGUUUCCCACAAGCGCGUCAGCCGCGACGGCCGCCUCCGCCCAGCGGCUGCUCUACCAGACGGUCGGAGGGGCUUCGCCCGCGUCGCCUCUUCACCUGCCGCUCCUCUCACAGCGUCAGCAGCUUCUUCUUCAGAGCAGUCGCCAACGACGCAACAGCUUUCCCUCUCCAACUUCUGGAGGCGGACGAGGGCCCGCGACUCCGACGGGGACCGAUCCUGUCUUUGGCGUCUUCUCCGUCUCGACAGUCAGCCAGCGCGAGAGUGGAGACACCCCACGCGCGGGGCGGGCGAGUGCGGACUGUGGUUCGGACCCCAGGGAGAUCAGUGGCGCAGAUCGGACCCUGCCGCUCGUUCAGACUCCGCGGUCUUCUCUCCCUCCCUUUCCUUCUCUCCUCGAAGUCGACGUCGCAUCAGGCCUGUCGCAGGCCGGUCUCGACGCCGGGAAGGAAGAGAGGGGAAACACGGUCUCUGGAGAUCCCGCGUUCUGUUCGCAGAUGUUUCUGCCACAAACCAUGGGACCACAGACGACUUCUCCGAGGCAGUCGCCUUCCGCGGCACAACCUGUCCCGUCCCUCCUCCUCUCGGCGUGUCGCCCCUCCCAGGGGGACGGAGACGGGGGCUUCCCACCUUUCUCCGGGGGACUUGCCGCUGCUCAGGUGUCGGGAGGAAACGCGGCGAAGGAGCGAGAGACAACCACCCUGUUGGAGGGUCAGCCGGCGGUGCGAGAAGCAAUGCUGAAGCAGGAACCCAGCCAGGUCGGACUCGGCCACUCGGGACCGACGCAGAACGCCGCAUCGUCCUUUCUGCCUUCUUUCCUCCACACUCCGUCCUUUCCUUCCUUUCCGGGCUGGCGAGACGGGAACAAUCUCGCGUCCUUGCGGGCGGGCGCCGUGGGAGGCCCGGGCGACGACGCGCGGCGCCCCGAGGCGCUUCCCGCGGUCGCGGCGGACCCCGACGGACCCAAACCGCCUGCGCCCUCGUCGGCUGCGUCGGCGGCGGGGGAGAAGGCGCCAGAGGCGGACAGCGUCAGUCAAGGAAGCGGCGAGGGCGUUUUGUCGGGGCGGCAAGAUCAGGCAGGGAGUGCCCAAGGCGGCCUGUUCUCCGGGAGGACAGGAGAUAUGUUGGCAGAACCAAGUCUUGAGAAUGAGGGGAACGCGAACCGGUAUGGCGUCGCGACGUCUCCUCUGGGGACUCCCUCCGGGACGCCUUCCUCGCUGUGGCUGUUUGGCCAAGACGCCGGCGAGGAGAAGCAAAGCCCUUCGUCGUGCGCGUCCUCUGAGGACCGCGGUCUCCGUGCGGCGUCCCAGGCCUGCAAGAACAAGCUCUCGCCCCGUCCUCACGCCGCUCCCCACCCUUCCGCUUCCCAACCCGCGGCUGCUGGAGGCCAGCCGAUGUCGCCGACAAAAGGCGAGACGGAGGGAUCGCCCUCUGCGACCAAGGCGUCGGGCGGAAAGAGCGGGGCAGGCUUUCUGGCUGCGUUCGAAGACGCCGCCUUCCAACAACCUUCCGAGGAGUUUAUCGCCUACUGCGUGCAGAAGCACCAAGCACGCUGGCCGACGCCUCAGAACCUGCCGGGGAUUCAAAUGGAGCAGCAACAGCGCCGCUGGUGCGCCUCCGUGUACUAUAGAGGCUGUCAGCACAAACGCCGCUUCAGCAUGGGUCGGUGGGGCCCCUUGGGCGCCUUCUAUGCGGCGAUUGAGUGGCGGCAGUCUCACUGCUCGCGACUGAACUCGCUGAAAGAGAGCCGUUCGCCAGACAACCCCGAGGCGGGCGGAAACAGCGCAAGCGGCCAGAAGAAACGGAGGAGACGAAGCAGCGCAGGCAGCUACACCAGUCGGACGGGCCCCCCGAGCGCUGCGGAGCGCGUCUCCGGCGGAGCUGGCGCCGGCGUGAGUGUCCCGCCCGACUCGGCCUCCGGGUGUCCCUUCUCGGUGACAGGCAGUGACGGGAUGGAGGGGACUUCUGCGAAAAGCGGGUCGGGCGGAGGCGCUCCGGGAACUGCGGCGGCGAAGGAAGAGCGUGGAGACCCCGCGGGAGAGACGAGCGGCGCGAGCGCAGAUGCGACCGGGAUGUAUCCGCCGACUCAGCACAGUUCGUUUGUCAAGACACAAGAAGAUCGGGAACAACCCGGCUUCUAUGGAGGAGGCAGUGGAGGCGGCGAGAAGAGCGGCACGGUCGAGGCGUGCGGACCGACACGGCCGAGCAGUUUCAAAGCCUCCGAGGAAGACGAGAAGCAGGCCGGAGGAGCGCCCGAUGCGCCCGCAGAGGAAACCAAGCGGCGGUUCGGGGACGAAAACGCGAGGGACUCCCAGCCCUUCACGGGACGGCUCGAAGCUGCAGAUGGUUCCGGUGCUGCCGCCUGCGACCGCAACGCGUACCCUUUCUUUGGCAGCUUUCAGGCAACGCCUGGGGACAAGGCUGACGAGAACGCUGUCUCUGGGAUCGAAGGCGGCAAGGAAGCACUCGGAGACGCGGAGAGGAAGCGAAGAAGAGAAAACGACUUCGAUAAAAGCCGAGGACCUCUCCUUGCUGCGGGCAAUGCGUUGCCUGCAGAUGGCGCGGCCUCUGGCUGCUUUUCGCAAAACCCGGCGCCAGGCUUCGGAUCGUCUUUGAGAGAAGAGGACAGGUUGGACGGGAACGCAAGCGUCUACUCUUCCCACUCGACGUCGGGGACCUGUCCCUCCUUCAAUUCUCCGCAGGUUCUCCAUUCUCAGAGCUUGUCUCAAGGAACUGGGCCCGGGAGCGGCUCGCCGUCUCUUCCACCGGCCUUUCUGAGCUGGAACGAGGAACGAGCUUCAGGCGGCAAAGAUGUGGCUUCUGCUAGCCUCUGCGCCUUCAACGGAUCUUUUCUUCAAGCGGGACCAGAUCUGCAUUUCCACGACCCUCGAGAGCUGGGCGCGAAGGACAUGCCGGGCGGCUCUCUGAGUUCAACUCACCUUGCUCCGCCCACGAACCACACGUUCAAUCCGGCCGCUGUUUCGCCUCCCUACGGGAACGCUGGAGGUUCCGCAGCUGUGGCUGGUUUCCCUGGGCCGCUGUCUUCUUCCCCUUGUCGACAGGGAGCGGGACUUGUGUCCGGCGGCGGCGUUGGGGUGUAUGGACAGCCGGAGAACGCGACACCGGCGGGGGGCGCUCUCGCUCCGGUGGGCAUGGGUUUCAUGCCGUCGUCGCAGAACGCACCGUUCGACAUGCACCUGCACUCUCUGCCUCCGUCCCAGAUGUACCACGUGGCCCAUCUCGGCCCAGGCGGCCUAGGCAGUGGCAUCGGGCAGAGCGGCAUUCGGCCGCCGGGAGUUCCAGGGGCCGCGGGCGUCCCGUCCCUUUCUUCCCCUUUGCCUCCCUUCCCCGGAGGCGUUCCUCAUUCCGGGCAUCAAUUCAGUAUGGGUCAGCCGCCCCGUCCCCUUCCAGCGGCGCACCUCUACGGCUCCGGUUGGAUGCAGGGACCUGGCCACGCGAUGAAUCCCGUUUCUCCGGGCUUCAUGCUCGGCUCGUCCGCGCCGAACCAGUCGUCUCCGUCGACGAGCAGGUUUCCGUCUGCUCCCCCGACCGUGUCGCCUUCGCUGUCCGCCGCUUCCUCAGACGCCCACGCCCUCGCCCCGUCCCCCUUCGGGACUCCUGUCCCCACAGGGGCCGCGGGGCCUCCGCAGAGUUCGAGGGCCAAGGGAGGCAGAAAGGAGGGCGCCGGGGCUGGACUCGCCUGCUCGGGCACUCCGGAUCUCAAGAAGAGCGGAUCGGCUUCCCGCGACAAGCAAGGCGGCUCGACUGGCCCGUCGAGGAGUCGCAGAGCGAAGGGUCAGAACUCGACUGCGUCGGCGCUCGCCGGGGGGCUCUUCCCUGUCGCGCCCUAUUCGCCUUUGGAUCCGGCGGCUUCGGCGUCUUCGUUCUCCAACGCUCACCGGCCGAAUCUCCCGUCCUCGUUUUCGCCCUCCUUCGGGCCCAGCUCUGCUUCCCAGCUGCCGGCAGGCAGCCCUGAGGGCGCAGGCGCCCCGGCAGUCGAAUGGCACGAGGGUUUCCGUCGCCCCUUUGGCACCGAGGGCCGGCAGCAGCUGCUCAGACACUUGAGACAAGUGUACAACGCAGACAGUGGAUACUGGGGCGAGCGUCUGCGUCACGCCAACAUCGCGUUCAGCCGCAUCGCGUACGCCACAGUCGCAGAGUUGUGGAAGAUCGCCCACGUCAUGGACUGCUUCCCCAUCGCCCUCGCCUUCUCGAAUCGCCACUCGGCUACCGCCUCCGUACCCUCCGAAGACGGCGCGAUGGGGACUGCCGGGGCGUCGCUCCCGGGCACCGGCGCAGCAGGGGCCGGAAGGCGCGCGUGCGGAGCGAAGGGGGAAAGGGCCGAGAAAGGCAAAGGGGCGAGACGAACCACAAUCGGCGCAGGCUCUCACGGCAGAGGCCAGCCGGUGAAACAGGGUAGCUCGCCUGCACCCCAUGCGAACGCCCUGACGCCUUGCAGCAACACGAUGGCCGCGCCUGGCUCUCAACCCGAAGGCGGUCGCGGGGACCUCGCCACGGGACGCGAGCAGGCGUCGUUGCCCCUUUCGGAGGCGGCUCUCACGGAAGGAGGCAGUCCGAACCCGUCCUUCUGUCUCUUGCCGGAGUCGAGCGGUGCGGGGAGCGGCAAGGGCGCAGGAGUCGCUGGCCCGGCAGGCCCCGCCGGGAGGCGGUCCUGGGACCAGAUGGUUGAUCCUCUGUCUUCAGGCUCUCUCCCUCACGCCAAUGUCUUUGAAAGGAGUUUGACAGGAGCUUCGAAUGCCUCGCCGCAAACGAGUGUCGGGUGUAACCAGCAGGGACCGACCGAGCACGCGCUCGCGUCUCAAGAGGUGGGGGGCGCGCCGGCCAUUCCCCUCAUGCCCGCCGGCGAGGAAACCGGAAAGGCUGGUCUUUCGGGAGACCAGGCGUCCCCGCUUCGCCUCGACACUUCCCACGAAGGCUCCGGCCUUCCCGAGGGACAAGCUGCGAAGGCGGUGGGCGACGGCUGGGGACCGGCGGGUCUCCAGGCCCUCGCGGGGCAAGGCCAACUGGCCCCACCGGGGCUCGGCGACAAGGCGAUGCCUGCGAGGCAGCUCCGCGAACGCCAGGGACUCCAGACGGACACAGGUACGGAUGGCUGCUCGAGUCUCGGCGUGGGCGACGAGAACGGGGGAGAAUACCCUGUGGAGACUGCUCGCAGCGAAGAAGGUGCGGAGUGCAGCGCCGGGACACUCGUGCCGGGGAGGCCACGAGGCAGCGGAGCAGGCGGGAAGCGGAAAGAGGAAGGGCCGAGACAGCCCUCGCUCUCGACUUCGCCCUCGCAAAGCUUCGGGUUUAACGGGACAGAAGACGGCGACUUCGAGGACGCACCCGGCGACCAGCGGCCGUUGUCCCUCUCGCGCGUGCGCCCGGGGAAGAAGAAGCGCGAGGCAAAAGAGAAGAAGGUGAAGGAAGAUGGCAACCCUGUGGCCACAAAGCGGAAGGAAGACGCGCGAGAGGAAGUUCUUCGCGACGGCGUAGACACUGCCGAACCCGCAAGUCUGAAGGCUGCUCCAGAAAACGCCUUCGCCUCGGAAGGGGUUCAACAGACGCUUCCGAUGCCCCUCUAG